AUGGAUUUCCUGAUCGAGCUCAUUGAACGUGGCGAUGCUUGCUCGCUCAUCGGCAUCGUUUUCGUAUUGAUCUACAUUGGCAAUCUCGUAGUCGCCAGAGAUGCCUGGGCCAAUGUCUGGGGCCAACGCCUGGCGGUCCUGGCGUUCAUUGGGUUUUGUGCUUAUGGGGUGGUGACGGUUGGUCGCCCAGACGCUGCUGAGCUGUUCGUGUUUGUGUUGCGAGGUGUGCUGGCGGCAGGACUGGUGCUCGGUAUCUCAUGGAAUCUCUUAGGUGCGGUCAGCUUCUUGCGUGAUCGAGCCCGUGAGGCAUCGGACCGUGCCGAGAUACGGGCGGCUCAACGGCGAUCUCGAAAACGAGAGAAGCAAGAGGAAAAACGCCGCCGCCGUGAGCAGGCUGAGUGGGAACGCACGGCUCCAGAACGCAGACGACGGCAAGAACUCGAAGAUGCGCGCUGGCAAGAAGAGCAGAAACAACAGAAGUUAGCUGCCCAACGCCGCAAGGAUGUGCUGUUCGCCUGCGAAUCCUUCUUUCUCCUCUACGCACCUGAGAUUCAAGACCGCUUUACUCGUCAGCAAUUCGAUGACUUUGCUUCAAAGUAUAUGGGAAGCAGUGAAACCCCUGAGACAAUCGAAUCUCGCGGCAAACAACUCCAACAAUUGAUCCGCGAUCAUCAUGAGCGCGUCAAUCCACCUGAAAAGUUUCAUGGCCUGGAAGAACUCGCGACCUGGUACGCCAAGCAAAAGCAGGAGGUUCAGGCACUGCCGAUUGACGACAGUUUUAAGGCUGACUACCUGGUCCAACUCAACGAGCGCUAUGCCGAUCUGACACAGAAAGUCAUGGAGAAUCUCGCGUUCGAUACGCACUUUCAUUUGAUUGGCGGGACCGGGAAAGGGAAGACCACCGCCCUGCACACGGUCCUCCGCCCCUUGCUGCGUGAUCCGACGGAUCGUAGUGCGUUCAUCAUCAUCGAUCGGCUUGGCAAUCUAUCACAAGAGAUGCUGCUCUGGAUGGCGUCGCCGGAUUUUUGCACGGAUUACGUGCGUGACCGACUUGUCUACAUUCAGCCUUCACGCGAAGACGUCGUACUGCCGUUUAAUCCGUUGCUGUACGACACCCGGGCUCACGGCUUCUAUAAAGUGGAGCGGGCGACCGAAAUCAUCCUGCGAGCUUGGGAGAGCGUGAACAUCGAAGCGAUGCCACGCUUGGCCCGGUGGGUGUUCAAUUGCUUCUGGGCGGCGGCUCAGAUGGGCCUCACGAUUGCCGACUGCGUGCAUUUUUUGUUACCAGGCAGUCGCUACCACGAGCCGUUACUCAAGAUGCUCCCGCCGCAGCUGAAAGCCGAAUGGGACGAUAUCUAUAAGGCACGUGGUGGUGAGGCGCAGCGGAUUCUCGAUUCAUCGCGUAACCGGCUCAAGCCGUACUUCGAGAGCGACAUUCUGCGGCGGAUGUUCGGUGCCACGCAGAAUCAUUUGGACGUCGAGCGAUUCAUGCGAGAGGGGAGUAUUGUGCUGAUCGAUCUGGCUCCCCGCGAUCGACUUUCGGGACCGCUGGGGAACACGAUAGGUUCGCUGGUUCUCAAUGAGGUGAUUGCCACCGCCCGUGGUCUCGCGGGCCAGGCCAAGCGAUUUCCAACCUACGUGUUUCUGGAUGAGUUCCAGAACUUUGUCGGCCCCGACAUCGAAUCGGCGCUGCCGGAAGUCCGCCAGCUGGGACUCAAGCUUCUGCUCUCGCAUCAAUCCUUUUCUCAAUUGGAACGGGGCGAUCACGAUCUCACGUCGAUGAUCUUCCAAGCACAGUCGCGGAUGAUGUUCGGCGUACAAGGCGAAGAUGCGGACAUCCUGUCGCACGAACUGGCGGCGCUGACGUUCGAUCCGGAUCGUAUCAAGCAUGAAAUCCACUCGCGGAAGCAACUUGUGCGUGGCCACGAAAUCGUACACUUAACGAGUUGGUCGGAUAGUGCAGGCGCGGCCGAGCAAUGGAAUCGGCAGUACGGGAACAAUUGGGGGUCGGCCGACGGGCGAACCCAGCACCCUAUUAAUCCGUUGACCACGCGAACGCAUACCGAUAGCAGGGGCGGUUCGGAAACCGACGGCCAUGGCCGCAGUACGACCCACAGCAGCACUCAGGGCGGUCACGAGACCCUGAUCCCCAACUACGAGGAGUUUCGCGAAUUGGCCAAUCGCACCUAUGUUUCUUUCGAUGAGCAGAAGUCCAUCUGGGCGCGGGACGUGCGACAUCUGGCGACGGGUGAAGCUCUGCUGCGGCUCGUUGAUGAUCCGUCCAUCUAUCACGUGGCCGUGAAACGUUCCGCACCCGGGUAUCUACGCCACGACCUAGCAGGGAUCACACGGCACUUUCCAGAACUGUUGGAGCGGAUGCAGGAGUUGUUGGCAAGAAACUUCGAGUCCGAUUUGUUUUCGUCAGCAGCGCUGAUUGAUGCGGAUGCCGAACAGCGGCUCGAACGUUUCAUGCGGCCGACGAUCGUAGUGCCGAGUACUCCUACGAGUGAGAAGCCCUGCGAUCCAUUCGCGUAG